UCUCCGCAGGCGCCGGCGGGAGGGGUCGGGGCGCGGCGCGGCAAGGCGCAGGCGGCUCCGGGCCCAGGUGAAUGGAGUAACCUGACAGCGCGGACGAGGCGACGGUGAGCGGCAGGAAAUGGCGGCGACGACGGCGGCGCCGGGCGGCACCGGGAGGCCUGGGCUGUGACGCGCGCGCCGGAGCGGGGUCCGAUGGUUCUGGAAGGCCCGCGGCGCCCCGUGCUGCAGUAAGCUGUGCUAGAACAAAAAUGCAAUGAAAGAAACACUGGAUGAAUGAAAAGCCCUGCUUUGCAACCCCUCAGCAUGGCAGGCCUGCAGCUCAUGACCCCUGCUUCCUCACCAAUGGGUCCUUUCUUUGGACUGCCAUGGCAACAAGAAGCAAUUCAUGAUAACAUUUAUACGCCAAGAAAAUAUCAGGUUGAACUGCUCGAAGCAGCUCUGGAUCAUAAUACCAUCGUCUGUUUAAACACUGGCUCAGGGAAGACAUUUAUUGCAGUACUACUCACUAAAGAGCUGUCCUAUCAGAUCAGGGGAGACUUCAGCCCAAAUGGAAAGAGGACUGUGUUCUUGGUCAACUCUGCGAACCAGGUUGCUCAACAAGUGUCAGCUGUCAGAACUCAUUCAGAUCUCAAGGUUGGGGAAUACUCAGACCUAGAAGUGAAUGCAUCUUGGACAAAAGAGAGAUGGAACCAAGAAUUUACUAUGCACCAGGUUCUCAUUAUGACUUGCUCUGUUGCCUUGAAUGUUUUGAAAAAUGGAUACUUAUCAUUAUCAGACAUUAAUCUUCUGGUAUUUGAUGAGUGUCAUCUUGCGAUUCUAGACCACCCCUAUCGAGAAAUUAUGAAGCUCUGUGAAAAUUGUCCAUCAAGUCCUCGCAUUUUGGGACUAACUGCUUCCAUUUUAAAUGGGAAAUGUGAUCCAGAGGAAUUAGAAGAAAAGAUUCAGAAACUGGAGAAAAUUCUUAAGAGUAAUGCGGAAACUGCAACUGACCUGGUGGUCUUAGACAGAUACACUUCUCAGCCAUGUGAGAUUGUGGUGGAUUGUGGACCGUUUACUGACAGAAGUGGGCUUUAUGAAAGACUGCUGAUGGAGUUAGAAGAAGCACUUAAUUUUAUCAAUGACUGUAAUAUAUCUGUACAUUCAAAAGAAAGAGAUUCUACUUUAAUUUCUAAACAGAUUCUAUCAGACUGUCGUGCAGUAUUGGUAGUUCUGGGACCCUGGUGUGCAGAUAAAGUAGCUGGAAUGAUGGUAAGAGAACUUCAGAAAUAUAUCAAACAUGAACAAGAGGAGCUGCACAGGAAAUUUUUAUUGUUUACAGACACUUUCCUAAGGAAAAUACAUGCACUAUGUGAAGAGCACUUCUCACCUGCCUCACUUGACCUGAAAUUUGUAACUCCUAAAGUAAUAAAACUGCUUGAAAUCUUGCGCAAAUAUAAACCAUAUGAGCGACAGCAGUUUGAAAGUGUUGAGUGGUAUAAUAAUAGGAAUCAGGAUAAUUAUGUGUCUUGGAGUGAUUCUGAGGAUGAGGAUGAGGAUGAAGAAAUUGAAGAAAAAGAAAAGCCAGAGACAAAUUUUCCUUCUCCAUUUACCAAUAUUUUAUGUGGAAUUAUUUUUGUGGAAAGAAGAUACACAGCAGUUGUCCUAAACAGAUUGAUAAAGGAAGCUGGCAAACAAGACCCAGAGCUGGCUUAUAUCAGCAGCAACUUUAUAACUGGACAUGGUAUUGGGAAGAAUCAGCCUCGGAACAAACAGAUGGAAGCAGAAUUCAGAAAACAGGAAGAGGUACUCAGGAAGUUUCGAGCACAUGAGACCAACCUGCUAAUUGCAACAAGUAUUGUAGAAGAAGGUGUUGAUAUACCGAAAUGCAACUUGGUGGUUCGUUUUGAUUUGCCCACAGAGUAUCGAUCCUAUGUCCAGUCUAAAGGAAGAGCAAGGGCACCAAUCUCUAAUUACAUAAUGUUAGCAGAUACAGACAAAAUAAAAAGUUUUGAAGAAGACCUUAAAACCUACAAAGCUAUUGAAAAGAUCUUGAGAAACAAAUGUUCCAAGUCAGUUGAUACUGGCGAGACUGACGUUGAUUCUGUCGUGGAUGAUGAUGAUGUUUUCCCACCGUAUGUGUUGAGGCCUGAUGACGGGGGUCCCCGAGUUACAAUCAACACGGCCAUUGGACACAUCAAUAGAUACUGUGCUAGGUUACCAAGCGAUCCGUUUACUCAUCUAGCUCCCAAGUGUAGAACCCAAGAGUUGCCGGAUGGUACAUUUUAUUCAACUCUUUAUCUGCCGAUUAAUUCACCUCUUCGAGCCUCCAUUGUUGGCCCGCCAAUGAGCUGUGUACGAUUGGCUGAAAGAGUUGUAGCUCUCAUUUGCUGUGAAAAACUGCACAAAAUUGGUGAACUGGAUGAACAUUUGAUGCCAGUUGGGAAAGAGACUGUUAAAUAUGAAGAAGAGCUUGAUUUACAUGAUGAAGAAGAGACCAAUGUUCCAGGGAGACCAGGUUCCACAAAACGAAGGCAGUGCUACCCAAAAGCAAUUCCAGAGUGUUUAAGGGACAGUUAUCCCAAACCCAAUCAGCCCUGUUACCUAUAUGUGAUAGGAAUGGUCUUAACUACUCCAUUACCCGAUGAGCUCAACUUCAGAAGGCGGAAGCUCUAUCCCCCGGAAGAUACCACGAGAUGCUUUGGGAUACUGACAGCCAAACCCAUACCUCAGAUUCCGCACUUUCCUGUAUACACACGCUCUGGAGAAGUUACCAUAUCCAUUGAGUUGAAGAAAUCUGGCUUCACACUGUCUCUGCAAAUGCUUGAGUUGAUUACAAGACUUCACCAGUAUAUAUUCUCACAUAUUCUUCGGCUUGAAAAACCUGCACUAGAAUUUAAACCUACAGACGCUGAUUCAGCAUACUGUGUUCUACCUCUUAAUGUUGUUAAUGACUCCAGCACUUUGGACAUUGACUUUAAAUUUAUGGAAGAUAUUGAGAAAUCUGAAGCUCGCAUAGGCAUUCCCAGUACAAAGUAUUCAAAGGAAACACCGUUUGUUUUUAAAUUAGAAGAUUACCAAGAUGCAGUUAUCAUUCCAAGAUACCGUAAUUUUGAUCAGCCUCAUCGAUUUUAUGUAGCUGAUGUGUACACUGAUCUUACCCCACUCAGUAAAUUUCCUUCCCCUGAGUAUGAAACUUUUGCAGAAUAUUAUAAAACAAAGUAUAACCUUGACCUGACAAAUCUCAACCAGCCACUGCUAGAUGUGGACCACACAUCUUCCAGACUUAAUCUUUUGACACCUCGACAUUUGAAUCAGAAGGGGAAAGCACUCCCUCUAAGCAGUGCUGAGAAGAGGAAAGCCAAAUGGGAAAGCCUGCAGAAUAAACAGAUACUGGUUCCAGAACUCUGUGCUAUCCAUCCAAUUCCAGCAUCACUGUGGAGAAAAGCAGUUUGUCUCCCCAGCAUACUUUAUCGCCUUCACUGCCUUUUGACUGCAGAGGAGCUGAGAGCCCAGACAGCCAGUGACGCUGGUGUGGGAGUCAGGUCACUUCCUGCAGAUUUUAGAUACCCUAAUUUAGACUUCGGGUGGAAAAAAUCUAUUGACAGCAAAUCUUUCAUCUCAAUUUCUAAUUCCUCUUUGGCUGAAAAUGAUAAUUACUGUAAGCAUAGCACAAUUGUAAUCCCUGAAAAUGCUGCACAUCAAGGUGCUAAUAGAACCUCCUUAGAAAUUCAUGACCAAAUGUCUGUGAACUGCAGAACGUUACUCAGCGAGUCAUCUGGUAAGCUCCAAAUUGAAGUUUCAACAGAUCUUACAGCAAUUAAUGGUUUUUCUUACAAUAAAAAUCUUGCUAAUGGCAGUUACGAUUUAGCUAACAGAGACUUUUGCCAAGGAAAUCAGCUGAAUUACUACAAGCAGGAAAUACCUGUGCACCCAACUACCUCAUAUCCCAUUCAGAAUUUAUACAAUUAUGAGAACCAGCCUAAGCCCAGCGAUGAAUGUACUCUACUGAGUAAUAAAUACCUUGAUGGAAAUGCUAACAAAUCUACCUCAGAUGGAAGUCCCGAGAUGGCUGCCAUGCCUGGUACAACAGAUGCUUUUCAAUCGCUCAAGGACAGGAUGGAUUCUGAGCAGAGCCCUUCUCUUGGCUACUCCUCAAGGACUCUUGGCCCCAAUCCUGGACUGAUUCUUCAGGCUUUGACCUUGUCCAAUGCUAGUGAUGGGUUCAACCUGGAGCGGCUUGAAAUGCUUGGUGACUCCUUUUUAAAGCACGCCAUCACCACAUAUCUAUUUUGCACUUACCCUGAUGCUCAUGAGGGCCGCCUUUCAUACAUGAGAAGCAAAAAGGUCAGCAACUGUAAUCUCUAUCGCCUUGGCAAAAAGAAGGGACUGCCCAGCCGCAUGGUGGUGUCAAUAUUUGAUCCCCCUGUGAAUUGGCUUCCUCCUGGUUAUGUAGUAAAUCAAGACAAAAGUAACACUGAUAAAUGGGAAAAAGAUGAAAUGACAAAAGACUGCAUGUUGGCUAAUGGCAAACUGGAUGACGAAUAUGAGGAGGAGGAAGAGGAGGAGGAAGAGGAGGAGGAAGAGGAGGAGGAGGAAGAGGAGGAAGAGGACCUAAUGUGGAGGGCUCCAAAGGAGGAAGCUGAGUAUGAAGAUGAUUUCCUGGAGUAUGAUCAGGAACAUAUCAAGUUUAUCGAUAACAUGUUAAUGGGAUCAGGAGCUUUUGUAAAGAAAAUUUCUCUUUCUCCUUUUUCAACUGCUGAUUCUGCAUAUGAAUGGAAAAUGCCAAAAAAAUCCUCCUUAGGUAGUAUGCCAUUUUCAUCAGACUUUGAGGAUUUCGACUACAGCUCUUGGGAUGCAAUGUGCUAUCUGGAUCCUAGCAAAGCUGUUGAAGAGGAUGACUUUGUGGUGGGGUUCUGGAAUCCAUCAGAAGAAAACUGUGGCGUCGACACAGGAAAACAGUCCAUUUCUUAUGACUUGCACACCGAGCAGUGCAUUGCUGACAAAAGCAUAGCGGACUGUGUGGAAGCCCUGCUGGGCUGCUAUUUAACCAGCUGUGGCGAGAGGGCUGCUCAGCUUUUCCUCUGUUCACUGGGGCUGAAGGUGCUCCCGGUAAUUAAAAGGACUGGUCGGGAAAAGGCCCUGUGCCCUGCUCUGGAGAAUUUCAGCAGCCAACAAAAGAGCCUUUCAGGGAGCUGUGCCUCCGCGGUUGCGGCUGGCUCACGCUCCUCUGCAUGGAAAGACUUGGAAUACGGCUGUUUGAAGAUCCCACCCAGGUGUAUGUUUGACCAUCCAGAUGCAGAUAAAACCCUGACUCACCUUAUAUCAGGAUUUGAAAACUUUGAGAAGAAAAUCAACUACAGAUUCAAGAAUAAGGCUUACCUUCUGCAGGCUUUUACCCAUGCCUCCUACCACUACAACACUAUCACUGAUUGUUACCAGCGCUUGGAAUUCCUGGGAGAUGCGAUCUUGGACUACCUCAUAACCAAGCACCUUUAUGAAGACCCACGGCAGCACUCACCCGGGGUCCUGACCGACCUGCGCUCCGCUCUGGUCAACAACACCAUCUUCGCGUCCCUGGCUGUGAAGUACGACUACCACAAGUACUUCAAAGCUGUUUCUCCUGAGCUCUUCCAUGUCAUUGAUGACUUCGUGCAGUUUCAGCUUGAGAAGAACGAGAUGCAAGGGAUGGACUCUGAGCUUAGGAGAUCCGAGGAGGAUGAAGAGAAGGAAGAGGACAUUGAAGUUCCAAAGGCCAUGGGGGAUAUUUUUGAGUCACUUGCUGGUGCCAUUUACAUGGAUAGUGGGAUGUCCCUGGAGAUGGUUUGGCAGGUGUACUAUCCUAUGAUGAGGCCACUAAUAGAAAAGUUUUCUGCAAAUGUGCCCCGUUCCCCUGUGCGAGAAUUACUUGAAAUGGAACCAGAAACUGCCAAAUUUAGCCCGGCUGAGAGAACUUACGAUGGGAAGGUCAGAGUCACCGUGGAAGUAGUAGGAAAGGGGAAAUUUAAAGGUGUUGGCCGAAGUUACAGGAUUGCCAAAUCUGCAGCAGCACGAAGAGCCCUACGAAGCCUAAAAGCUAAUCAACCUCAGGUUCCCAACAGCUGAAACCCCUUUUUAAAAACAACCCCCCCCAAAAAACAAUUAAGGGGAAAUAUUUAAAUCAAAAGGAUGAUUUAAAAAUUGAUAUUGAGCAGAAUGAAUUGAAGGCAGAAUUUAAAAUUUGUUUGAUAACAAGAUAGAUGACAGAAUAAAACAUUUAACAUAUGUAUAAAAUUUUUGGAACUAAUUGUAGUUUUAGUUUUUUGCGCAAACACAAUCUUGUCUUCUUUCCUCACUUCUGCUUUGUUUAAAUCACAAGAGUGCUUUAAUGGUGACAUUUAGCAAAUGGUCAGAAUAAUUAUUGACAGGUUUUGUUUUUGUUCUGUUUUGUUUUUUGUGUGUAUGUGUGUUUAAUUUUGGUCUGCUUUGCUUGGUGUUAGAAUGCCAUGGAGCUUAAACUUCAAACAGCCCCUAGAUUCAGUAGAGCCCUCUGAACACCCCUCCGUCUGUGCCAUGGUGCCAGUCCUGUGAUAGUUGGCAAGCCCAAUAGAACGAUAACGGUGUGCAAGAGAUGUGUGCCAGUGUUGUCUUCUUUCCAUGUUAUCUUGUGUAAGGAUGUUCCUGGUUGCUGUUGCACUUGAUAGUAAGGGACAGAUUUUUAUUCAACAUUGGCUGGCAUGUUGGUGAAUCAGAUUUUGAGUUUUCCAAUGCCGCAUAGUCCUGCAUAACAAGGGUUCUUGCCUUAAAAGUAAAAUUUUCCUGGGUAUUCUUUUUAAUUUCUGACCUUUUGGAACAAACUAUUUUAUAUUCCCUUCAUUUUAUCAUGCAUUAGAUGUUGAGACACAGUAAUACUUAAAGCUCACCAGUGUAGUUGUACCUUAAAUUACUACGGGAUUAUACUAGCAUUUCUGUCACGUGUGUACUGAAGACUUUUGAAAAACCAGAAUAUGUAGUCUGUGGAUUUUCUUGAACAUCAUAAUAAAACACAUCUUUGGCUAAAUACUCAAUUUUGGUAAAAACCCCCUGCUAGGUAGUUCCACUGGUGGAAAUGUUUGUGGCAAAUAAUUUUGCCCUGUAGGCUGUUGUUCUAACAAAAUAAACCUUAGACAUAUCACACCUAAAAUAUGCUGCAGAUUUUAUAAUUGAUUGGUUACUUAGUUAAGCAAAACCAGAGCACCUUUACCUUAGUCUUCUCACAUAAAUUUCUUACUGUGCUUUUCAAAUGUUGCAUGCAUAUUUCACCUACCAAAGCUGUGCUGUUAAUGCCAUGGAAGUUUAGCAAAGUUUGCGAUAAACUGCCAUAAUUUUGAUACAUCUGUGAUUUAGGUCAUUAAUUUAGAUAAACUAGCUCAUUAUUUCCAUCUUGGGAAAAAGGAAAUAAACCCCACAUUUUUAGGCAUUUGCCCAAGUUUCUUUAAUUAGACUUGUAGGCACUCUUCACUUAAAUACCUCAGUUCUUUUCUUUUGCAUGCAUUUUUUCCCCUGUUGGUGCUACGUUUAUGUAUUAUGCUUGAAAAUUUAAUUUUUUUGCACUGUAACUCUAAUACCUCUUAAUUUACCUUUUCAAAAGCUGUGGGUCAGUCUUGCACUACCAUCAACGUACCAGUAGAGGUUUGCUGCAAUUUACCCCAUUAAUUAUGCUUGACGUUUAAGAAAGCUGAGCAGAGGUCUCAUUUUCCAGCACGUUGUUCUGAAGUUGAUGCUUCAUGUAAUGCUGCAUUUAUGUUUUAAAUUACAAGGGAUUUUUCCUGCACCAUCCAUCCGCAGAGAAACGCCUGUGUGCACACAGAGAAACUGUCAGCUCUGCUUUCUGAGGAACCCUGGGUGAAGGGGGUAUUGAGCUUCUCCAAUGUUAUUUGUCGUCUCUGAUCUUAAAUUGAGAUCUAAAUUAUUAAAUGAAUUUUUAAGCAAAUGAACAUAGGUGAUUUCUUUUAAAAAAUAUUUAAUUCUGAUUUGGAACCUUAGGUGUCUAUUUGAUUUAAAAAAAAAACCUUAAUAUGAGAUAUCAUGGCAAGUUAAAACCAAGUAGUUCUUAAGUUAUAUAACUAUAAAAUAUACAGUUAACAAGUAAGGCUGGGUAAGAGUUUUAUUUGUGAGGGUGAUUUGUGAUAUCACAGAUCUCUUAAUUUAUAAACUACCUGAUGCCAAGAGCUUAGGGCUUUGCAUUGUGUCUAAUGCAUAUAUCCCAGUGUUACGGGAUUCUCUUGCCUCUUGGCGCCCAAAUCAGAUUGUUUCACAGUUAUGAUUCCUGGUGGGAGAAGAUAUAUUUUAUAACCUGUAAGAAGAAUAUUUUGUGUUAAUACUAAAUGUUUAGACUUGGAUAUGAUUAGGUCGUAUAUUCUCAGGGGUUCACAUUUCCUGCUACCAUUCAAAAUGUCUUAUCAGUGGCAAACUUUAGCCCCCCCCCCCACUUUUCUUUUUGAGAAAAAUAGCUUAUUUUUACAGUUUGAACCAUUCUGUGAUCCCCUGGUGGCUAAGUUAAAAAAUUAAAUGUAUGAGUUAGACAUAUGAAAUGGUUAUGAACGCUUUUGUGCUGCUGCAUUUUAAUGCUGUCCAGUUUCCCCCAGUUUAGUUUGUUGAGAUGUUUUGCAUUUGUCACUUAAGAAGAAUAUCACUCUUUGUUCCCCCACUUUGCAAAAUAUGUACAUCCUUUUGGCUCUGAUUGCGGUGGAAACCAGUGUAAUGUGGAAAUGGCUGGUGGGUGUGUCUGUGUCCCAGCUCAUGUGUAACGGACUGGUGAGGUGCAGCUUGAAAAAGCAGCUGCAGAAAUUCCUUAUGAUGAUUGUGUACAGGUUAGUUGGCAUGAACUCUCAUUGUUAAUGUUUUUAUUUCUUUUGUAAUAGACUUUCUGCAGUCCUAACUAUGCUGCGUUUGAAUAGCUUUUCCCCCUCUGUUCUGUUCAUGUAGCACAGAUAAGCAUUGCACUUGGUACCAUGCUUUACCUCAUUUCAAGAAAAAGAUGCUUAACUGAGAGGAAAAAAUGUGGUUUGGCCUUGCUGCUGUUCUGAUUUACCGAAUUUGAAAAAGAUAAUUAUAAUGCCUGCAAUGUGUCAUAUACUUGCACAACUGAAAUAGGUCAUUUUUGUCUGUGGCAUUUUUACUAUUUGUGAAAGUAUGGCAAAGAUUUGUUAACUCUUAAUUGUGUUUUUAAAAUGUUUGUUACAUUUUUUCUUUGACAUUAUGUGAAAUGAUUAAAUUUAGAAUGACCGUUAAUACUCCUGUAAUUAUCCUUUAAAAUACUGAUAUUUUUACUUCCUUAAUGGUAGCUCGCCCUCAGAAAGAUUCAGAUCCCUUUAACUAAAUUGCAAGAGACUCGAGCCUGCUUUGGUUCUCUUGGUUCGGUUUGGGAUGGAACUCUUCACCCAGCAGUCAGCUCUUCAGUCAGCACCUGAAAUCAGGCCGUGGCUGCAAACAUAGAGAAGAAUGGAAGCCCAGACCCACCACAGGUCACUCUUAAGGCCCAGUGAUUUAAAACUAUAUUUUACUCGGUUUGGGGUUCUAAUCCUUUUACACAAAUUUAAGACGGCAAACUGACUACGGCAUCUUUGUUUAUCUGCAUCUAAAACUGUCUGAGUCUUGAACUAGUUGGCGUUGUCUGUGGAGGAGGAACUCAUGCCAUGUGUUACCAUCUGUGUGGUUAUUUUAAUUAGGUAUAUUUUUACAACCACUGAUUGUCUUUCUGGAAUUUAAUUAUUUCCAAAUAAACUUCUUUAUUUUAUAUUGUAAUGAGAAUUUUUAAACAUAAAAGUGUUAAGACCAAGAAUAGUAAAAUGAUUUUAAAAGUUAUUGGAAACGCCAGUAGCAAUAUCUAUGGAAUUUGUGUUGAGACCAUUAUAUUGUCUACUAGCAGUGAAAAUGAUCUUUCAGAACUAACUUGUAAAUAUAUUUUAAUCAUUACUUGUUUGUUUUUUCUAGUCCACUUUUAUUUGGACAUCAACUACAGUCAAUUUAAAUUUUAUAGAUGCACUCAAUUCACUGCAGCAGCAGGUUACAUAGCAAAAAUGCAAAGGUGAACAGGAAGACAAUUACUGCCUUUUCUGCUGUAGAUACAGUAAAGGAAAAUGACUAAAAUCAAGCAAAACUAAUAGGUAAUUUCAUUGACAAUAAAAUAUUUGCCAUCACAUGCUGCAGCUGUUUUUAAGCCACAUAACAUAAUUUACUCAUACAGUAACCGUGCUGCCGAAGUUUGCAGACUGCACCUUAUGGAUACAGUUACCUUUAGUUGUUUUCUUUCUUUUUUUUGUAAUAAUUGUAGCCAAGUAAAUCUUCAAUAAAGUUAUGGUCUGUUCA